AUGGCCCUCUCUGGAAGAGACGUUGUUGCCAUCGCCCAAACGGGCAGUGGUAAGACCAUCUCGUUCGCUCUCCCCGCCAUGUUGCACAUCAAUGCUCAACCUCUCCUUUCGCCCGGCGACGGCCCCAUCGCCCUUGUCUUGGCGCCCACUCUUUAA